GUCUGUCUUGAAACAGCAGUGGCGGCAUUGUUGUUGGUGUUGUCGUUCAUCUUUCGCUUCCAUGGAGGAUUCGGACUCGCUUUGGAGUCCAUGGGCAAGCCGUUUCUAUUGGCUGGGGGUGGCGGUCGUCGCCUUCUGGGUCUUCCUGCUGCUCCGCUACGUGCGGUACAUCUUCCGCCUAUGGAUCAUAGGGAACCCGGGGGCGGUGGGCCCACACCUGGGCGCCUGGGCAGUUGUGACAGGAGCUACUAGUGGAAUUGGAAAGGCCUAUGCAGAAGAGUUAGCUAAGCGUGGAAUGAAGGUGGUUCUUAUCAGCAGAUCUCAGGAAAAACUGGAUCGGGUUGCCAUUGAGAUAUGGGCAAAAUAUAAAGUAGAAACAAAGACUAUUGCUGCUGACUUUAAAGACCCAGAAACUAUUUACAGUAAUAUAGAAGCAGGUCUGGAAGGCCUUGAGAUUGGUGUCUUAGUUAAUAAUGUGGGCAUUGCAUAUUCUUAUCCUGAGCGCUUCCUUGAUGUCCCAGAAUUAGAUAAACUAAUUGACAACAUGAUAAACAUUAAUUGUCUAUCUGUGUGCAAGAUGACACAUUUGGUGCUACCUGGCAUGGUGAAAAGGUCUAAGGGAGUCAUAGUGAAUAUGUCAUCUAUUACUGCAAUUAACCGGUGCCCAUUUUUAGCUGUUUAUUCAGCAACCAAGGCUUUUAUAAAUUUCUUCAGUCUCUGUCUCAGUAUAGAAUACAAAGAGAAGGGUAUCAUUGUGCAAAGUCUUGCGCCAGAAUUGGUGUUUACAAAAAUGGUAAACCUUCCUAAUCCAAACCUUUUUAGACCUACACCUGAACGGUAUGUAAAAUAUGCCAUCAACACAGUUGGUCUUGAGUAUGAAACUGCCGGAUACCCAUUGCAUGAACUUUCGUUCUGGUUUUAUCGCUUGAUGCCUAGAUGGGUAACUGAGGAGAUACUGACAAGAGUAAUGCUUUACGCAAAAAGCUAUCUGUUGAAGAAACAGAAGGAAAACUAAGUGGUUUCAUCUUAAGAAAUUCCUCAGUGGUUUUGUACCUGCAUUCAAGUACUGAAGAAUUAGACAUCUCUUACAUUCUUGACAAGUGUUUGUUUUUAAUAUAGGGGGCAGACCUGAGAUUUGCAUGAAAGAAAAAAAUUCUGAGGGCAAAGGAAAAGCAAUGACCAAUUUAUAUACUUUUUCAUUCUGCACUCUUGUUUUAUAAUGUAUGUUAGAUGAGAUUUGAAUAAAAUACAGUAGAGUCUUGCUUAUCCAACCUCCGUUUAUCCAAUGUUCUGCAUUAUCCAAUGCAGUCUGCCUCCCGCCUGGAUCCACAGCUGUUUCUCUAGGCAGCAACAUGCAGCAGGGCAACAUGCCCAACAACAACACAAGUGCAGCCACACUCCCAAACAAGUGGCAGACUUGUUGUAAAACAUGAUGUUUUGGUGCUUAAUUUGUAAAAUCAUAAUGCAAUUUGAUGUUUAAUAGGCUUUUCCUUAAUCCCUCAUUAUCCCACAUUUCUUAUCCCACAUUGCUUAUCCAACAUUCUGCUGGCCCGUUCGUUAGAUAAGUGAGACUCUACUGUAAUUCAUAUUCCUAGUUACUAAUUUACCACCAGAAGGAUUUGAAAAAAAAUAGUAUGAAAAAUUUGAUAGAAGUUCAGAUGAGAAGUUGUACUUAGAGAAUAUUCAUGCUGGGAUGAUGGGAGGAAGAAUUCACAAUGUCUGGGUUAUGUCCAUGUGCCAAAGCUGAUUGGCAGGAGCCCCAAGUUCUCUUUCCUUUGAGCCCCUACCCUUCUCCCUUCAGUUUUAAUAUCUAGCCUUUCAACCUUAACCUGAAAAAACUACCUUGCUUAAACUCAUAGCACUUGAAAUCUAAAACAAAUACAAAAACCCGUAUUUUAAAAACUAAAUAGAAAACCUCCUCAGAAAAAUACUGAAAUUCACUUCUACUGAUUUAAAGGGAGGGUGUGGAUUGGGUGGCUGAGUUUUCCGGGCUGUAUGGCCAUGAUCCAAAAGCAUUCUCUCUUGACAUUUCACCCACAUCUGUGGCAGGCAUAGUCAGAGGUUGUGAGGUCUGUUGAAAACUAGGCAAGUGGGGUUUGCAUAUCUGUGGAAUGUCCAGGGUGGGAGACAUUGUCUGCCUGAGGCAAGUCUGAAUGUUGCCACUGACCAUCUUGAUUAGCAUUGAAUGGCCUUGCAGCUUCAAAGCCUGGCUGCUUCCUGCCUGGGGGAAUCCUUUGUUGGGAGGUAUUAGCUGGCCCUGAUUGAUUCAUGUCUGGAAUUCCUGUUUUCUGAGUGCUGUUCUUUAUUUACUGUCCUGAUUUUAGAGGUUUUUUAAAAAAAAUACUGGUAGCCAGAUUUUGUUCAUUUUCAUGGUUUCCUCCUUUCUGUUGAAAUUGUCCACAUGCUUGUAGAUUUCAAUGGCUUCUCUGUAUAGUCUGCCAUGGUGGUUGUUAGAGUGGUCCAGCAUUUCUGUGUUCUCAAAUAAUAUGCUGUGUCCAGGUUGGUUCAUCAAGUGCUCUGCCAUGGCUGACUUCUCUAGUUGAAUUAGUCUGCAGUGACUUUCAUGUCCUUGAUUCCUAUUUAAGGCAAUGCUAUGUUUGGUGUGUUCCCUAUGUAGACUUGUUCAUAGCUGUAUGGUAUAUGACAGACUGCAGAAGUGAGAGGAUCCCUCUUGACCUUUGCUGAAGGUAGAAUUUGUUGGAUUUUAUAAGUGGAUCUGUAGAUAGUUUGUAGGUUGUGUUUCUUCAUUGCUUGAUGUAUGGUAAGAAAACUUUUCCUCUGUGUGCAUCUUUGUUUUUACUAUCGUGUCUUUAAUUGGCCUUGCAGCUCUUCUGAUGUCUGUGGUGGAGUAUCCAUUGGCCUGUAGGCCCAGUUCAGAUGGCAGACUGUGCAAAAAGCAUCUGAGAACCCCACCUCCUCCAAGGUGAACUGAACCACCUAAACUGGGCUCUACAGGGUUCCCCCAGGCAGGAAGCAGCCAGGCUUUGAAGCUGCAAGACCAUUCAAUGCUAAUCAAGGUGGUCAAUUGCAACAUUCUCAUUUGCCUCAAGCAGACAAGAGUUCUUUCUCCCACUCUGGACUUUCCACAGAUAUAUAAGUCCCAACAGACCUCACAAUCCUUGAGGGUGCCUGCCAUAGAUACGGGCAAAACGUCAGGAGGGAAUGCUUCUGGAACAUGGCCAUACAGCCCAGAUAACUCACAGCAACCCAGUGAUUCCAGCCAUGAAAGCCUUCGACAACACAGGGUGUGGAUUUUUCCUCCCAUCAUCCCAGAAUGAAUAUUCCCAGUAAGUAUAAUUUCUUAUUCUCAGGAUGUCUGGAAUGUACCAGAGCCACCUCUCUGGCAGAGAAUGUAGUCAUAACUUGCCAUCACAGAUUAAAAACUCAUUAUUCCAAAUCUGCCUUGGCUUACUUAUAUUUAGCUAGUUAUGCAUUACAAAUGUCGAUGGCUGUGCCAUUGACAUUUGCUGCACUACAAGUAUCUUGAAGUGAAGCUGACACUGAAUACUUUGUUGACGAAGACCGAUCUCAUUGAAAAAACAUACUGUGGCCUAGGUUUAUUUUCUAGGUCAUAACACAACAGAAUGCAAACACAAAUCCACCUGUCUAUCACUGUUUCUGACACCCUAUUCCCUAUUGUCUGAAAACUGUAGGAAACAGUUAUUCAGUCCAUCUUAACUUCUGUGUUCUCUUCAGAUGAAUCUUUACUGCCUUCCUAGCAUCCAACUUAUGCCAUGCAAUAUCAUGCAAAAGGGGAAUAAGGUUUUCUGUUAAUUAGGAAUAUUUCUUUCAGCUGUAUAUAACAAUAUCAUGCUAUCAGAUUCCAUAAAUUCUUCCUGUAGGCUCCACCCUUUAAUUUAUUUCUCCAUUUCAAAUGUUUCCAAUUGCUUCAAAUGUUACAAUAAAUAUUAAAGUGAUAGGGGUAACCUUGUCCACUGCAUUUUUGAAUGUGCACACCUUGGUUAAUUCAGCUGACAAAAAUUUUAGCUGAUUGUGAUUUAUAAAUUUCCUUUAUCCAUAUAAUAAUAUUAUUGGCAAAUUCCAUUUUCUCCAAAAUUGCAAGUAAGAAAUCCCAAUUUAAAUUAUCAAAUGCCCUUAGUGUCUACAAAGAUCAAGGCUGCCUCUAUCUCAUUGUGUUUCUCCAGGAAUUAUAUCAAAAUACAAUCUCAACUUGUUUUGCCAGAUUGAAGGUAAUUAAUACAGUUUUGUAAUGCCUCUUUCGGCCAGGAUUGAAACAAAUAUUUUAUAAUAGUAUAGUUCUAUCACUGUUCAUUUAGUCAUAUACUGAUCUUGUUUCCCUAUUAAAUUUCUCAGAGCUGUUUCCCAAGGCAUCGUUAUUUUCUAUAUUAAUCUCUGCAUAUUCAAGCACAUUUUCCCUCUACUUUUAAAAUAAUAAAUUGAAGACAAUCCGUAUGAUCACAGCACUUUAAAAAAAAUUGCCCUCGCAAUUGUUUCUGGUAUUUUUUCAAAUUUAAUGGUUUAUUCAAUCACAACUGGUCUUUUUACCCUACCCAGGUAUUCAAAAAGACCAGAAACAGAGCCAUAAUACAGGGGGGGUAGAUGCUCCAUUUAGGCCAGUGGUUCUCAACCUGUGGGUCCCCAGAUGUUUUGGCCUACAGUUCUCAGAAAUUGCAGUCAGUUUACCAGCUGUUAGGAUUUCUGGGAGUUGAAGGCAAAAACAUCUGAGGGCCCACAGGUUGAGAACCAUUGGUUUAGGUGCUUCUGGGAUGGACUAUGCUCUUGCAAUUUUUUGAUAGACAGUACUCACACUGACUCAUGGAUAAGUUAAACCGGGACUUUUUGGAUUAUUUGAUUAAAAUUUCCAAAGUUAUAAAUGAGUAUAUAGGGUAAAUUGAUAGCACACAUUUACAGUGGAAAGUAACACAACUUGAAAAGAAAAAGGCUAAUAGCAUAUCUGUUUUAAAUUAAUCUGAAAUAUCUUUUAUCUUCCAACAACUUUUUUCUGUGGUACUAAUAUAGGACCAGAACUAAAGCAAUGAGUUUUGGAAAACCAGCAAUUAUAAAAUAUGGAGGACAACAAGGAAACUACAGCUCUGCAGCCUAACAGUGAAAUACACUCUAGGGAUAGCCCAUCUUCCAAGGGCUAUUACUCAAAUGAUCAUUUCUGAAAUAUGAGUAUUAAAAGGAGCCAAAGAACACAGCUACGCAGAGUAAGAGCUUCAAGACAACUUUUAUCACAAAGUUUAUGUUGCAAGCAUGAAAGAAAAGUAAACACAAAAGCCAGAAUCCAGAAUCCACUUGUGCUUCUAACUCUAAGGUGAUCCAUGCAAAAGGAACAGGAGACAUUUAUUCUGAUCGAACAGGCACAUUCUUUACCUUUAAACAGGCAAGGCAGGAAUCAGUUGGAGGUAUGACAAUAACACCCACUUAGUUUAAUUAUGGAGAGGGGAAAGACUUAGACAGAAUUGGCUACUCAAUUCCUUCAGAACUUUGAAAACAUCAGGUAGCUUGAGAAAAUUCAAGCAAACAAAAUGUACCAUAUAGAAAGGCAGAUUUAAAUGUUGAAUCAAAAACAUAUAUCCCAAAUUAGGUUCUCUUUGAAAGUAAAAAAAGUUUUGACUGACAAAGGCAAAUGUGUUUAUUAUUGACAAAGAGGUAUUUUGGGGUUGCACCAUUACCAUGCUACAUGUCAACCCAUGGACCACCAAAUCUGCAUCUCACCCAUUUCUACGGCUUCUUAACCUCUUUUAUGCAGUUAGGCAUUUUUGUCACUGAGCACUCAAGAAUCAGGUAACUUGGCCAAACUGAGUGCUAGGGGUAUUAGAUAACAGAAAGGGACGUAAUGGUACCAUACUCACAUUUCAAAAAAAAAAAAAAAGAUAUGAAUGAUUUAAGUGGUGAAAACUAAGAACAUAAAUGCUUCCCAUGCAAAAUACAAGGGAAGAUAGAAAUUAUAAAGGAGGUAGAUUAAUAAGUUAGGUUUUAUUCUUUUUCCAUGCUUUGCUUCAAACUUCAGUGAUACAAUAUAUAAUGGGCCCUUUUAGGGUUUGGUUCUUGGGACUCCUCAUGGAUGUAAAACGGAUGCUCAGGUCCCAUUAUAUAUAAUGGCAUAGUGAAAUGGUGUCCCUUAUCUAAAAUGACAAAAUCAGUGUUUGUUGGAUUUGAAAACAUUUUUUCAAGCCAUUGAUGGUUUAACCCAGUGGUUCCCAAACUUAUUUGGAGUACCGCUCCCUUUCCAGAAAAAAUAUUACCCAGUGGGGCGUGGCUUAGAGGAGUGGGCGUGGCUCCUGCUCAAGAGGGUGGGGCUGAGCCUCUCCCCUAGUCCAAGAUGCAGGGCUGGGAGGGGGAGGUGGGCCGGGCCACAAAUGGGCGGCCAGGACUGGGAUGGGCGGAGUUACGAGCUCUGAGGCAGGGCUGAGCUAUCCCUGUCCUGCUGCGCUUGCCAGGACACAAGGGGCAGGGCUAGAGGAGGCAGCAGGGCCUCUUCCCAAGUGCCUGACAGGGCUGAACCUCUAUACCCCACCCCCGUGUUCUAACAAGCGCCUCAGGGGAGGUAUACAGAAGCUCAGCCCUGUCUUGCACUAUUGGGAAGAGGCCCCACCCCCGCCCUUAGUCUCGCCCUUUAGUCCUAAAAGCCCUCUCAGGAUAGAUUCUCAGCCCCGUCUCAGGCUCUUGGGAAGAAGCCAUGCCCACUCCUCUAGCUCUGCCUCCUGUAUCCUAACAGGUGCCUCAGGUGCUCAGCCCUGUCUCCGGCACUUGGGAAGAGGCCCCGCCCCUGUGACCUAAUAGGUGCCAUCACCGCCCCCCUGGAUCGCUACAGUGCCCACCAGGGGGCAGUAGAGCCCACUUUGGGAAUCACUGGUUUAACCCAUGAAUGCAGAAUCCACGGAUAAGGGCUGGUCGCAGAUGAAAAGGUGGUGUAGAAUCUAUUCUGAACAAAUAUGCCACUGGAAUGCCUUGCUAGUGGGGCAAGCAUGCAGGAAGUAUGCAUUGUGUAGAGUAAAGUGAUGGGUAGGGGAAACAUUCACUAAUAACUCACUGUAUUGUUUCGCCAUUCCACGUUUAACUGAUUAAAGUAAGUAACAGAAACAAAUUACAAUCAGCUAAAAUAUAGAUUAUUUUGCUAGCAAAAAAGAGGCAAUAACACACAUAUAUUUUAUGAAAGUGGUUGACUUAGGUUGGAAUUUCAGUAUUAAUAUUUAUCCAUAACUUGCUAAUUAACUUAAUGGGUCACGUUGCUGAACAGCCAACAAAUUUACAUUAGUUUAGUUCUUUACAAAAAGCUUGGCUGUUCUGGAUUUUUGCACUGUUUUUCAGUUUGUCCAGAUUGGUAAAUUUACAAGGUUUAGUUGACCUUCAUAUUCAGAUGAUCCUGACACCGCACGGAAGUUCCUAAUUUAUCCCAGAAUGCUGGCUUUGGAAACUCUUAACUCUAGGACUCACGUGGGAAUUAGCUAAUCCAAAAGGAAGGAUAAGGAUAUGCACUUAGAAGGAAAAAUGGAAAGUACAAGAAGGGCUUUUGGUUGGUAGGUUAGAAAUGAGGUUUAAAAAUACAUACAGCUGUUUCCUUUGCUCCAAACUCAAAAGUAGACAAGGGUAGACGAGAAAGAGUAAAUUCACUGAUGAAUUUUUAACUGUCAUUUGUGCUAAGCUUUUCAUUAAAAGUAACAUACAUAUAAAUGCCACAUUAAAAUCAACUUGUUAAGAAUGUACUACUUUCAACAUAAAUGCAAAUGAUUUUUUU